CGGUUCGCGUGGUUCAUUAAAAGACGGCAGAAUGUCUGCAAAGAAAAGCAAAAAGCUCAGAAAAACGAGCGAUGGAGAGAAUCAACUGAAGGAAAGCUCUGAAGAUUCUCAAAACCAGCCAACCGGCCCCGGAAGCUGCAGAAGCGCCAACGCUCUGACCGUCACGGACUUCCAUGAAAAAGUUGAUGGCAAAAUACCCAAAAGCUGCAGAUUAGCAUUAGUACAGAUGAGCCUCAGUUCAAUGAAUGCAGCCUGCAUAAGCAUCGGGAGACCGGUUCUGCUGACGAGUCCCACAGGACACCAAGAGGUGUGUGUGGCAUGGCCUGUUGGCUCAUUCCUGGGUGGAAAGGUUGGUCUUCAGAAAUGUGCCCAGAAGAACCUGAGAGUGAAGUCAGGAGACUCUGUGACUCUGCACUUGAUAACAGGUCCUGUUCUUCGGGCUGAAGAGGUGCUCCUCUCUAAUAGGUCAAAAGAUGAGACUUCACAGUCAGAGGAUUUCAGGAAUUUCUUUCUGGGGUCUUGUGCUGGGAGUAUUGUCUUACCCGGAAAAGUACUCUCUCUGAGUUACUUUGGCCGUUCAUAUAAUCUCAGAGUCGAGACCAUAAAAGGAGAAGAUGGUUUCACACUCCAGAGGUCACACCCUUCCUCAGGGAUGAGCCCGGAGACAGAUCAGUCAUCUCUGAUGGAGUCCUCAUCAGCUGAUCUCUCUCUUCAGCUCAGCAGGCUCAACAUUGGGAUUCCAGACACACCUGGAGAGUCCACUCAAGACGCUAGCACUCCACGCAGACCAACUCCUCUUCCCUUGAUCACCUCGCCCCCUCCCUUUUCUCCCUUACAGCAAGCAGGGGAGGCGUCACCAGCACCCCAUGUUGUUUUUCAGAACAGUGACACAUUCUACUGUCUGUCCUCCUGUACCAAAGUCAGUUAUAGCAGCAGAACACAACCGAUGGGUCCAGACACAGAAGUGCAUCGCUCAAAGAUCAUGUACAGCAACAUUGGAGGACUCAGCAGCCAGCUUGAUGCUAUCAGAGAAACUAUUGAGCUUCCUCUCAAACACCCUGAGCUGUUUUCUAACUAUGGAAUUCUGCCCCCAAGAGGAGUUCUUCUGUACGGUCCCCCUGGCACUGGGAAGACUAUGAUUGGACGAGCCAUAGCCAAUGAGACUGGAGCUCACAUGACAGUAAUCAAUGGUCCAGAGAUCAUGAGCAAAUUCUACGGCGAAACUGAGGCAUGUUUGAGGCGAAUCUUCACUGAGGCAUCCCUGAGGCAGCCUGCCAUCAUCUUCAUCGAUGAGUUGGAUGCUUUGUGUCCAAAGAGAGAGGGGGCUCAGAACGAGGUGGAGAGACGAGUUGUUUCCACUCUUUUGACACUAAUGGACGGGAUUGGUUCCGAGGGUCACUCAGGUCAGCUAGUGGUACUCGGGGCCACAAACAGGCCCCAAGCCCUGGACCCAGCUUUGCGCAGGCCAGGACGUUUUGAUAAGGAGCUGGAGGUGGGAGUGCCCACUAGUGCAGAGCGGACAGAUAUUUUGUUGAAGUUGCUGGAUUUGGUGCCAUGCAGCGCCACCGCCGAGGAGCUGACUCAGCUGGCUGAGUCUGCUCAUGGAUAUGUGGGAGCAGAUCUUGCAGCUGUUUGCAAAGAAGCAGGUCUGCGUGCAGUAAGGCGGGGCCUCAAAAGUUCUCUCAAAGAAGCAGUGGACCACCAACUGGUUGGGAAGGUUACUGUCAGUUUUCAGGACCUGCAGUGGGCCAUGGCUGUUAUAAAGCCCAGCGCCAUGAGGGAGGUUGCGUUUGAAAUUCCCAAGGUCCGCUGGUCAGACAUCGGGGGGAUGGCUGAAGUUAAGCUGAAGCUGCAGCAGGCUGUAGAAUGGCCUUUGAGACAGCCGGAGGUCUUCCUCCGUAUGGGGAUCCAGCCUCCCAAAGGAGUACUACUUUAUGGUCCCCCAGGCUGCUCCAAGACCAUGAUAGCCAAGGCUCUGGCUAAUGAAAGUGGACUAAACUUCUUGGCCAUUAAAGGACCAGAGUUAUUAAGCAAGUAUGUUGGAGAGUCCGAAAAAGCCGUCAGAGAGGUGUUUCGGAAAGCAAGAACAGUCUCUCCCUCCAUUGUCUUCUUUGAUGAGAUAGAUGCUCUGGCCAGUGAAAGAGGAAGUGCCACAGGUUUAGGUGUCGGUGACCGGGUCCUAGCUCAGCUCUUGACAGAGAUUGAUGGCAUCGAGCAACUCCGAGAUGUCACAGUACUGGCUGCAACCAACCGGCCUGACAUGAUUGAUAAG